CCCCACCUCUGCCAGCUCCUGGAAGCCAGUGGUGGGGACCCAGACUCUCUGAUGGUCACCGUGCGGCACCCGGGUCACUCCUGGGCCAUGUAAGCAGCUGUCCUGCAGAGAGCCUGGUGGGCAUGGACACCUUUUCCUAUACCUUAGUGUGACCGCCCCAACACAGAACUGCUAAGGCCAUCUCAGGGGUGCCUGUGCCAGGAGAGGAGGGCGGUGUCCCCGGGGCCGCAGAGCCAUGCCUUUCGGCCUGAAGCUCCGCAGAACUCGGCGUUACAAUGUCUUGAGCAAGAACUGCUUUGUCACUCGGAUCCGCCUGCUGGACAGCAAUGUCAUCGAGUGCACGCUGUCGGUGGAAAGCACGGGGCAAGAGUGCCUUGAGGCGGUGGCCCAGAGGCUGGAGCUGAGGGAGACACACUACUUCGGCCUUUGGUUUCUCAGCAAGAGCCAGCAGGCGAGAUGGGUGGAGCUGGAGAAGCCGUUGAAGAAACAUCUGGACAAGUUUGCUAAUGAGCCUCUGCUUUUCUUCGGAGUCAUGUUCUAUGUGCCAAAUGUGUCACGGCUUCAGCAGGAGGCCACAAGAUAUCAGUAUUACCUGCAAGUCAAAAAAGACGUGCUUGAAGGAAGAUUGAGGUGCUCCCUGGAACAGGUGAUCCGGCUAGCUGGCUUAGCCGUGCAAGCUGACUUCGGAGACUACAACCAGUUCGAUUCCCAAGAAUUCCUCCGAGAGUAUGCGCUCUUUCCUAUGGAUUUGGCCAUGGAGGAGGCUGCUCUUGAGGAGCUGACCCAGAAGGUGGCCCAGGAGCACAAAGCCCAUAGCGGGAUCCUGCCAGCAGAAGCUGAGCUGAUGUAUAUCAAUGAAGUCGAGCGUUUGGAUGGAUUUGGACAGGAGAUCUUCCCGGUGAAGGACAAUCAUGGCAACAGCAUGCACCUCGGCAUUUUCUUUAUGGGGAUUUUUGUGAGGAACAGGAUCGGAAGACAGGCAGUAAUAUACAGGUGGAAUGACAUUGGGAGUAUUACCCACAGCAAAGCAGCCAUCCUGCUGGAGCUGAUUGACAAAGAGGAGACCGCGCUCUUCCACACAGACGAUAUUGAAAAUGCCAAGUAUGUCUCCCGGUUGUUUACCACACGGCACAGAUUUUACAAAGAGAACAAGAUCUGCACCGAACAGUCAAAUUCUCCACCCCCAAUCAGACGCCAGCCCACCUGGAGCCGAUCCUCACUGCCAAGACAGCAGCCGUAUAUCCUGCCUCCCAUGCAUGUCCAGUGCAGUGAGCACUACUCAGAGACCCACACUUCCCAAGACAGCAUCUUCCCUGGGAAUGAAGAAGGCUUGUACUGCCAUUCUCACAACAGCCUGGACCUAAAUUACGUCAACGGCACGGUCACCAAUGGCAGUGUGUGCAGCGUUCACAGCGUCAACUCCCUCAGCUGCUCCCAGAGCUUCAUCCAGGCGUCUCCAGUGUCUUCCAACCUCAGCAUCCCUGGGAGUGACAUCAUGAGGGCCGACUACAUCCCCAGCCACCGCCACAGCACCAUCAUCGUGCCGUCCUACAGGCCGACCCCAGAUUACGAGACAGUCAUGCGGCAAAUGAAGAGGGGACUGAUGCACGCAGACAGCCAGAGCCGGUCUCUGCGUAACCUCAAUAUCAUCAACACCCAUGCCUAUAACCAGCCCGAGGAACUGGUGUAUAGCCAGCCUGAGAUGCGGGAGAGGCAUCCCUACACGGUCCCAUAUGCACCCCAGGGGGGCUACGGUCACAAACUUAUUAGUCCAUCUGACCAGAUGAACCCCCAAAAUUGUGCAAUGCCUAGCAAGCCAGGAGCCAGCUCCAUCUCACACACAGUGAGCACUCCAGAACUAGCCAACAUGCAGCUCCAAGGAGCACAACACUAUAACACAGCCCACAUGCUCAAGAACUAUCUCUUCAGGCCGCCACCCCCUUACCCUAGGCCCCGCCCUGCCACCAGCACCCCAGACCUCGCCAGUCACCGCCACAAGUACGUCAGUGGCAGCAGCCCCGAUCUGGUAACUCGGAAAGUGCAGCUCUCCGUAAAGACCUUCCAGGAGGACAGCUCUCCUGUGGUCCAUCAGUCUCUGCAGGAGGUGAGCGAACCCCUCACAGCCACCAAGCACCACGGUGGUGGCGGCGGCGGCGGCAUGGUGAAUAAACGCCACAGUCUUGAGGUGAUGAAUAGCAUGGUGAGAGGCAUGGAGGCCAUGACGCUGAAAUCACUCAAUAUCCCCAUGGCUCGUCGCAACACGCUUCGGGAGCAGGGCCCUUCCGAAGAGGUGGGUGGCCCCGAAGUGCAUGGGCUCCCCCAGUAUCACCACAAGAAGACGUUCUCAGAUGCCACCAUGCUGAUACAUAGCAGUGAGAGUGAGGACGAGGAGGAGGCCCCGGAGGCAGCACCUCAGAUUCCUGCUCUGCGGGAGAAAGUAGAAUACAGUGCUCAGCUGCAGGCUGCCCUGGCCCGAAUUCCCAACAGGCCCCCACCUGAGUACCCAGGGCCAAGAAAAAGUGUCAGCAAUGGAGCACUGAGACAGGACCAAGGGACCCCCAUUCCUACCAUGGCCAGGGCCAGGGUACUGAGACACGGACCAGCCAAGGCCCUCAGUGUCUCCCGGGCCGAGCAGCUAGCUGUCAACGGGGCCUCUCUGGGUCCUUCCAUCUCUGAGCCUGACCUAACCAGCGUGAAGGAGCGGGUCAAGAAAGAGCCUGUGAAGGAAAGGCCGGUGUCAGAGAUGUUCUCCCUGGAGGACAGCAUUAUAGAGAGAGAAAUGAUGAUUAGGAAUCUAGAGAAGCAGAAGAUGAUGGGCCUGCAGGCACAGAAGAGACCGCUGAUGUUGGCAGCGCUGAAUGGACUCUCAGUGGCCAGAGUCACGGGGCGGGAAGACGGUCGCCAUGAUGCCACUCGCGUCCCUAUAGACGAGAGGCUCAGAGCCCUGAAGAAGAAGCUGGAAGAUGGAAUGGUGUUCACAGAGUAUGAACAGAUCCCAAACAAAAAAGCCAAUGGCACCUUCAGCACCGCAGCUCUGCCUGAAAACGCCGAGCGCAGCCGGAUCCGAGAAGUUGUCCCUUAUGAGGAGAAUCGAGUGGAGCUCAUCCCGACCAAAGAAAACAACACAGGCUACAUCAACGCCUCCCACAUCAAGGUGGUGGUUGGUGGAUCAGAAUGGCACUACAUUGCCACCCAGGGGCCCUUGCCACAUACAUGCCACGACUUCUGGCAGAUGGUGUGGGAGCAGGGGGUCAAUGUGAUCGCCAUGGUCACUGCAGAGGAGGAGGGCGGACGGACCAAAAGCCAUCGAUACUGGCCCAAGCUGGGAUCCAAGCACAGCUCAGCCACCUACGGCAAGUUCAAGGUCACCACAAAGUUCCGGACGGAUUCUGGUUGCUAUGCGACCACGGGCCUAAAGGUGAAGCACCUGCUUUCCGGGCAGGAGAGGACAGUGUGGCACCUGCAGUAUACUGACUGGCCCCACCACGGCUGCCCAGAAGAUGUCCAAGGAUUUUUGUCCUACUUGGAGGAAAUCCAGUCAGUCAGACGCCACACCAACAGCGUGCUGGAAGGCAUCAAGACCAGGCACCCCCCCAUCGUGGUUCACUGCAGCGCAGGGGUGGGAAGGACCGGCGUGGUGAUUCUCUCUGAGCUCAUGAUCUACUGCCUAGAGCACAAUGAAAAGGUGGAGGUGCCGACGAUGCUGCGGUUCCUCAGGGAGCAGAGGAUGUUCAUGAUCCAGACCAUUGCGCAGUACAAGUUCGUCUACGAAGUCCUCGUCCAGUUCCUGCAGAAUUCCAGGCUCAUCUGAUCUCCAGGAUGCAGCUCUGUCCUGCAGGGGGCGCCACUUCCAGACAAUAUCUGCCUCCCCAGCUGGAGGUAGAUGGCUUGGCAGCAGGCAGGAGCCAGAGUUACUUACAAACAUCAUGUAUUAUUUUAUAAGACAUAAUUUAUUUUUUUUCCCUCUUUGGAAUAAGUUCUGUGAGAUAUUAUAAUGCAUAUUUUUUUUCACAAUAAUAUAGUGCUUCUCAUUUGAACCACAUGUUGACUGAUCUGCAGUGUAAACCUCCCGGAGGGAAGGUGGUGGCCCCUUGGGACAUUGUAGACACAGAGGCAUAAAGGGAAAGCAUCUCUAGUGAAGUUGCAGGCAAAUUGGUAACACCCCCAGUCAAAAAGUGGCAAGAGAAAGAAUUCAUCCUCAGCUGGAAGGGAGAGAGUCAAGACCCUUGAAAAGGUUCCUGUACACCCUGAGUUCGUGUACCUUGCUAUGCGCUUGCUUUUCUCUUCUUCACUUCUGCCCUCACCCUCAGCGAUCUUUCUCCCUAAGCCUAGGUGAAAUGUGGGAUUGGCUGGAGAGUACAGUGCCUCUAAUGGUGGCGAUGCCAUCUUUGGUAAAUGGGGCUGCUGUUGUCUUUUCUCUCACCCCUUGUUCUGGUUCAGAAGUCUGAUACAGUGAUGGACAGCAGGCUGGGUAUCUGCUGCUUUGUCUUGCAUACUCACAACACUGUGGUCUGGUAGCCCUGGGCCAAGCCGACUGCACAGCUCAGCCCUUUGCCUGAUUUUGAGAAGAGAACACACCAGGGUGGGAAUGGAGUUGGGUGUGGCCGAUGAAGCUUAGGUACAGUCUGUCUUCAUAUUCUUUCCUAAGUUGUUAGAAGGGUCUUAAGGGAAAUGGUGAAGGGAAUUCACAUCUGGGAGCUGUCUGGCACUUAGUAGGGCCCUGGCCGGGAGGGGACACACACCUGUGUCCGACUCACUGCAUGCUGCUUGAUUCUAGGCUGUAGCUGAUGAGGGCUGAAUUGACCCCUCUUAGGGCUUCCUUGCUGUCCUGAGGCAGGGUUCCUGGGUGAUCUUGAAUUUGUUACGUAGCUAAGAGGAUAGCUCCUUAUCUCUCCGUCUUCCUGUCCCAAGUACUGGGACUUCAGGUGUGUACUACCGCACACAGGGCACACUUGCCCCCUGUAAUGAAUUCUGAGACCAUCUCUUGCAAAACCUUCCACCGCCUCUCUUUCCUGUGUAGCCCAGUCUGGUCAGUGACAGCAUCAACCACGUUCGAUUUGAAGCCCAGUUUCCUGCCUACGUCUACUUUUUCUCUGAGUAUAAUCAUUUAACUGUGAGUCUGUGAAACUGACCGUACAUUUUUUCCCCUUUUUCCUGAGCUGAAAAGACCAACCAGAAAGUGUAUGCCUUGGUGGCUUUUGUCCUCACCCACAAGUGAAUGCUUAUGACAGCAGAUUCCCUAUUAACUCCUCUGGAAGAUGAGCCAAGCUGUCUUCCCACUGGGCAGGGGUGGUGCUGGUGCUGAUGUUGCUAUGGCAUCUGUUGGUUCAGACUCUGUAGAGGAGGCACCGCCAGCCUCCCUUCCACCAUGCAGAUUGAAUCAGGGCACCUUGAUGGCCUGUUAUACUGUGUGAAUUCUGACAGUAUGUGGGUAUUUCAGGGGGAAAAUGUUAGAGUAUUAGGGGUGGGAAGUCUCCUUAACUUCCUUGGACGAUGUUUCCCCUUUCCGAGUCCUGACAGUCUGCCCCACGUAUGGUUCAUUAUGUAAUGAAGAACGCUGGUCCUUGUCUGUCGUCUCUAAGCUUUAGUUGGUCAGAUUGUCUCGCACGGGCAGUGAGGAGAUAGGAUGUCCUUUUGUACUGGUGACUCGGGCUGUUUCUACCCUAUGCUAGCAGAACAAGGUACAGGGAAGAAUGUCAGUUUACUACCCAACUUCCUAGCCAACACAUGAUGAGACCCAGAGGAAAACAUUUAAGUGUCUCGAGUACGGAUUCCAUUCUCAAACACCACUGUUAGUUGCUUCUGGUUCUUCAGUACAUUCCGAAUUCCUUUCCCAUCCCCAGUAAGUCCCGUUGGAUCUCUGGUUAAAUUAUCAUCAGGCGUUUAAAGAGGCAUCUGCAUAAUAGUUGCCCAGAGACACUUUCUCUCUGGGAAGUGAGCCAAGGAAUAAACCUUGAAGCAAAGUGUAUUAAAUUAGUUAUCUGGUUAGGCCUUUUGGACAGGUUUCCUACGAUGCGUGGGGACCAGAGCUGGAGUUGUGAGGGCCAGUGCAUUGCCACACUUUGGAUUUGAAGGAGGGGAAGUUAAAACAGGAGCCAGUAAGACCUCCCACCUCACAGCAGAGCAGUGGGCUGCUCGCCUGCCCCACUUUUGAGGUCUUCCAGUGGUACCACACUCUUUUACUUACACUCAUCUGCCUAAGUCCACCUCUGUCCCGGUUCAGGGGCCUCUGCAU